GGAUUGUGGAUUCUAUCAUUCAAAUCCAAACAAAUAUCAGAUCGACUCGUUGAAAAUUCCGAGGGUUUUGCGACGCGUGUCCGUGUGGUGUGUGCAGAAAGGGGUGAAUUAAUCUGCCACCGGAUUUAAAUCAUUGGUAUGGGAGAGUGAAAGAAAGUUGAAGAGAAUUACUUUUGAAAUUUGAGAGUAAAAGAGGAUUGAUGGAGUCUGGGGCGCAGCCAGUGAAUCGAUUCAUUCGAUCGAGUGUACGAGAUCGAGGGAAUUGAUAUCGUUAAUAAAUAAUGAAUAGCUCAUAAAUUUUCAAGGGGAGCUGAUGAGUAUGUGGGCGAGAGAGUGGUUGUAAUGUGGCGCCAAAAAUAUUUUAUCGCGAACAAAGAAAUCGCGGGCUAUUAUUGGGGUGAUUAAUCAUUUGGGUAUCACCUCGAACCGCCAAUUCUCGUUCUAACAAAAUCGAAAUCAAAAUUACCGAACGAUUGAUUAUUCAAUGUCUGAACGAUUCCAGGGAUUUCUCUGACUAAAAAGGAAUUGCGAAGAUAAUUAUCAUAAUUGAAGAAUUUUUUUUGGAAAGGGUGGGUCAUCUCGUUCACCAAAAUGGCGGUCGAUUCUCAGGGCUGACGCUGAUAACAUUAUCACCCCGAAAUAUUCUCUCACUCUUCCCUAUCAAAAGAACGAAAUCCCGAUAAGUGGAGGCCAAUAAAAUACAAAGACAAUAAAGAAAGUGAUCAGUAAAAAUGGUGGGCGGUGGUGACUGCAAAGUGGCCACUGUCGAGGUUGAGGCAGCCUCGGGCAAUGACAACACAGCGACUCUACCAUCAUCGAGACCCCUAAAUCCACAAGGUGGCAUUGGUCCACCACCCAAUGCCCAGGACAACGCCGAGAAGAACAACGCAGCCAACAAAGAGAUGGAGCUCAAGAAUGUUCGCUCAACACCUGCCAAACAGACAUCGCUCUUCAUCAUCAUGAGCUUCAUCUACGCUAAACUACUGGUGGUAGUUUGCAUAGCCUACGUGAUAAGCGACGUUGUGACUCACAAACUACCACUAUGGUACUUUGAGGGUUUCUUCACUUACCUAUACGGCAUGAGUAUCCUCUUUCUCCUGUACGUAUUCUGCUUCCUACUUCAAGAGAGCGCCUGUUGCUCCAGGGGCGUUGAAACACCUCCACCACCACCAAAACCACCAAAACCACCGAAAGAACCUAAGGACAAAAGCAAGAAAAAGGAUAAGAAGGAUAAAAAAGACUCGAAGAAUGGAAAGAAUAAAAAAGAUUUUCAGGAUGCAGCUGAUGUUGAGGCAGGUGUCUCAACUCGAGUUCUCAGAAAACGUAAAACAUCCCAGAAUGAUCACAGCCACGGAAGCUUUUUUCUCAGAAUUGGGGCAAUUGCAUUUGGAUUGGGCACGAUGGUUUACAAUGGCCUCGAGUUUGGAUUAUUUUUCGAGGUACCCUUCACGUCACCCUGCUUCCAGAUCCUUCAGGGAGUCAAUCCAAUUUUACAGAUGGUCUUUACCUUCAUGCAGAUGUAUUUUAUCUUCAUGAAUUCAAGACUCAACAUUCACCGCUUCAAAGUCAUCGCUCGUUUCGGUCUGAUGCACGUUGUAGCCACAAACAUCUGCGUAUGGGUGCGAACACUCGUAUUUGAGAGCCUCAAAGAGAUCUCCCAGUAUGGCAGGAAGAUUGGAAAGCCAGACAUGGGUUUGAUCGAGAGCAUCAAGAAUCACGCGAUAUCAAACGCAGAUGUGUACACAGGUGAGAUAUCCCGGGAUAUGGCACAACUCCGUUUGGCCCCAGUCAGCUCGACCCUGAGAACGAUCAACACAUUUCAUCCAAAGACAACAAGCAGAUUCGUGAGAACAACUGUAGCAUCGGUGGGUCGUUACGCCCGUUCGACGGCUCGUUCUGUCGCCCGAGCCAUCACCAGCGGCACAUCCUCAACAGCAGCGACCUUCACCACUAGCACCUCAACAACCCCUUCAACAACAACCCUCCGAAUGAUGCCGACAACCACUCCCAGCACUACAACUACCACCACCACAACAACAGCUCGACCCACAUUAUCAACAAUUCUCGACGCCCUGACAAGCACAAUAAAGCCCAAUAUCACAACCAGAAUGACCACCACUAGCACUUCAACAACAACAACAACAACAACCACAACAACAACGACAAUGGCUCCCCCGGCGCCCACUUCAUCUCCCCUCACAUCAUUCGCUCCAUUCCUCUGGGAUUUCGCUGAUGCCCCAGCAACAGUCAGCAAGGAAGCCAUUCCCCAGUUCUUCGACACAAUUAAUCAAACGAUUGCCAGCAAUGCCAGUACAAUUUACACACCGAGCUACGCUUUCCUUCAGGAUCUUCGACAAACCAAUGACUCUUGUGGAAGGGAGAAUAUCAUGGGGAACAUCGUGCAGCAGGCUGCUCCUUAUCUCUUUCCAUUUAUCAUUGAGUACAGCUUGAUUGGUGCAGCUGUUAUCUACGUUAUGUGGAAGCACAUUGGACGUCAUCCCCGUUGGCCACAUCAGGCCGAGGCUGAUCUAGAGCGCAGGCUAGAGGCGAUGCUCUCGAGACGAGCUGUUGCACUGGCUCAUGCUGGUCAUGGAAGAGUUGACUGCGUGGGUGCGAGCAAAGGUCUUUUCCUGGGGCUCUUCCUCCUCGUUGGCUCCCUCAUAUGCCUCAUCCUCUUCUUUGUACUGAUCCAUCACCCAUCAUUCGGACUGCUGGCAAUCUAUCUAGCUGAUGUGUCUCACUGUGCCCUCAUGGCUCUCUCAAUAAUCGCCAUUAUAAUUGGCUUCUGUCGUGUUCAGUCCCUCAAGUUCAAAGCCGAAGAGCAGAGUGAUCUCAAUGAUAUUCUUCUCCGCAUAUCGGCAUUCGGUCUCUUCCUUUACGCUGUAUUCAGCGUUAUCGCUGGUUCACUCGCUGCAUUCACCCACGAGCCAAAUCUCCUCGUUAUGGUCACUGGUUUACUCGCUGUUGGACAAGUUGUCCUUCAGAUGCUGUUCAUCGCUGAUGUAUCACGUAGGCGUGUACAUCUACCUGAACACGAUCGGAGCAAACCAGGUCGUCAGAUCGUUACAUUCCUACUCAUCUGCAAUGUUGCAAUGUGGGUGAUCUAUACGUUUGAGGGACAAAAAGUCAUUGCCAAUCCAGUUCAACUCGAUUUCUAUGGGUACUUGUCGUGGACCAUUGUGCAGAGGGUGACACUUCCACUCUGCAUCUUCCACAGGUUCCACAGUGCUGUUACGCUCGCCGAAAUAUGGAAGACAAGCUACAAAGCACGUCUCGAAUAGAUUAAUAUCACAGUUAUUGUGUGAUUAUUCAGAUCAUCUUGGUACUUUCGAUGGUUCGUGAAAUUCUUGGAGUUAUCACUCAGUCACUCACCACUUGGUGAUCAUCCUCGACGAGGUGUCGAGGAUUCGAGGGCUCAUUUAGCCAUUAGCGCGCAGUUUUUAUUUUCGCAGUGAGAGCGGAUUAAUCACGAUAACCGACGACGUGUUUUUUAAUCAUCAAUCGCAUUUUUAUACUUUUAUACCUUGAAAUCUCCAUCUUCGUGCAUCGAGGCCGUUGUGCGUAGAUUAACAAAAAAUCAUUAAUGAAAUAGAAAAAUGAUUAAUUCGAUCAGGCAUUUAAAUGGUCUAGCCCAGUAGUUCGGAUUAUGAAGGGAUUAUGUAUUCAUGGUGACAGAUGACUCGAUGCAGGAAUUAGUGAGUGAAUUUCAAUUUUUUCAAAUAACGGAGACUAAAAUUGACGAUACAAAUGAUACAAAUAUUCAAUGGGGAACAUAAUUUAAUUUUUUGAAUGCUUUUUUAUUAUAGAUUCCGCGCGCCUGCGUUCGUUGCGUGUUUGUAAAGUACAAAAUUGUUUCUAACUCUUUAAGGAUUUAUAUUUUAGGUAAAAUUGGCGUGAUUCGAAAUGAGAGGUAACGAGAGGGGUUUUUUUGUUUGUCUUAUCGUCGACAUUUUUUUUUAAAGGCAGACAUGAUCAUGAGAGAACGAUGGAAAAUGAUAAAGAAAGAUGCGUGUAUAAACAGAAUAGGGAGAAUAUUUUUUUUUCGAUGAGAGAUCAGAGAUGGGGAGAGGUUCAAAGAGAAUAAGAUUGAUGUGAUCGUGGGACGAUUGGUGGAGUAUUUGACGGGAUUCAGUCAUAAAUACGAACUACGAACUAAUAAGGUAGAUGAUAUCAUUAGACAAUAGUGAUAAUUGAGUGAAAGACGUGUAGUUCAAAAAAUCCCUACUCAUAAUUUUAGAGAAAAAUCUUUUAAGAAUUAUAAAGAAGGAAAAAACAAACAAGACACUCGUGUCAUUCACGUGAAUUUAAUCAUCGACUAAAAAUUAGUCUUUAAUGUUCUCCGUGUCAACUGAAAUUUUCCCAGCAGACUCGAGUUAAAUAAAUCAUAUGGAAGAUACACGUGUACUUAUUAGCUUGCUGCUAAUAAAAUUCUCACUGUAAUUUUGUUUUGCUCUAUCGAAGAAUAAUAAAAAAUUAUUGAUAGAAUAAUCGUAGAUCGUUUUGUUCCGGUGAACCGAACGCUCUACGAUAAUUAUACAUAAUUAUAUAGAUUAUAAAUAUUGAUAUUAACUAAAUUAUAUUAUAUGAUUAUUAUACAUACGAAAAAAAUGGAGUAAAUUAAUCAUGACCCGAGUAUUUCGCGUAAAAAUGUACCGUUAAUAACCAGAAAACGAUUAUAAAUAUAUAAAUAGAUUUUAAAUAAAUACAAAACGAUAAGUUGCGGUUAUUCAGAUCGCUUGAACUCUGUGCAGUGAAAAUUGAUAAAUUGAAAUAUCGAAUGGAUUGUAAAUAUCUCGGUUGAAACAAAAUAUGAGAAAAUUAACAGAAAUGAGGAGCAGACGUAUCUCUGAGACGAGAGGAGAGUAAUCAUCCCUGAGUUGUCGCGUUUAUCUUGUUUUUCGCCUCGGAAUAACAUCAACGAAAGUUUUAUCCUGAUUUCACUGGCAUGCAGAGGGGAUUAUUAUCGAAAUAUGAUGAUUGGCGGAAAAUUAGAUGCUAGAACUACCAAGACACUGCCAUUAAUCGGACCAACUCUCAGUGAAGCUAAACGAGAAUGGCGUGUCCUUAAAACAUUGGAAUUCGGCCAGAAAUAAACUCAUACAUGGUGUUGAACCCUCCAAAAUUCUCAAAGAGAAAUAAAACGCCUAGUCCAGUUUAAAUCCUAGUUAAAUUCUCAAUUCCAUCACAAUUAACUCCUUCAUUAAUCACGGGAGUGUCUAACUGCACGUCAUAAUGUAUCUGAGUGCUGAAUGCGUGAUAAUAAAUUUAACAAUGAUUAAAUAUUCAGCAAGAAUGACUGUCUUUUCCAGAGUUUGUUCGCGAACUCAAAUUUAACAUCGUGUCUAUGUGGCUUUAAGUCGUCUUAGAGUCCUCAGACUUGUGUACUAAACCGAAAAAAAAAAGAACGAAGAUAUAAAAAAUUUUAACGAGAACAGAAAUAUCUUAAACACUUUAGCCGUAAGCCUAAACCGAUACGAGGAUAAUUACCCGAGUGCUGAGGAUGGAAAAUAUUUUUUCGUUUCUCGUCACUCGAGACAUCAUCCCCGACUCCUUGUCAUUUACUCACUUACGUAGAUAAACGAUAAAUUAAAUAGUAAACCCAAAAAGUAAAAAUAAAGUUUUUGAUGUCUUCGAGUGUAACUAUGAAGUUUGUAAAACACACGCGCACAAGUGACAAUUUAAGAGUUCACGUGACUAUAUACAAGAAAAUUUAAUGAUCUAAAAAUUAUAAGGAUAAAAA